CCUCCAACCUUCUUCUUCAAAACAAGUCGCAGCCAAAGCGUUCCACUGUCCUCCGGUCGCUGCGCUGCCGUCGCACCAGCAGCCACAAGCAGCCUCGGCAGGAUGGCUAGCCCGCAGUGCUGCGCAGACCCGCCGACGCUCAACCCCGCCGGCGGGGAGGGCAGGGUCGUCGACAGCCUCGGCGGGAUCGCGGCGUACGUCGCCGGCGUCCGAGAGUCCAAGGCCGCCGUCGUCCUCAUCUCCGACAUCUUCGGGUUUGAAGCGCCGAUUCUGAGGAAGAUAGCCGAUAAAGUUGCUUCGUCGGGAUAUUUUGUUGUGGUGCCAGAUUUCUUACAUGGGGAUCCAUUUGUACCUGAAAACGCUGACAGACCAAUACAAGUGUGGAUCAAGGAACAUCCUCUGGGAAAAGCAUUUGAAGAGGCAAAACCUGUUAUUGCUGCUCUAAAAGAACAAGGAGUGUCUACUGUUGGGGCUGCAGGUUAUUGCUGGGGUGCAAAGGUAGUUGCAGAGUUAGCGAAAGCUAAUGAGAUCCAGGCAGCUGUUAUGUCGCACCCUUCUGCUGUUACUGUUGACGAUAUCAAAGAGGUGAAAUGCCCCAUCGCUGUACUUGGAGCUGAAAAUGACAAAACAUCCCCACCAGAAUUGGUCAAACAGUUCGAGCAGGUUCUAUCCUCUAACACAGGGAUUGCUCACUUUGUCAAGAUUUUCCCUGGGGUUUCUCAUGGAUGGGCUGUGAGAUACAAAAAUGAAGAUGCAGGUGCUGUGAAGAGCGCCGAGGAAGCCCUGUCAGACAUGAUUGACUGGUUUAACAAGAACCUAAAUUGAACCUGAAUUAGCGGUAUUUUUUUUGUAAUAAGCCAGUGUCACUCUUCACCAAUCAUCAUGCAAACAUCCAGGGUUUAUGCUAUUGUCUUAGCUAUAGGGCCUGUAUCAAUGGUCGUGCAGGUGUAUGUCAUGUGCUAGUAUACAUUGUGUGCUUGCUCAUAGCGGUCUCUGCUUGUACUGAACACAUUACUAUAAUAUUAUUGCACUGAAUAAAAUGCGAUUUCGUAGUUU